UAAUACACGAGACUGAUACUGAUAGAAAGAAACGUUCAAAAUGUCAACACCGGCGGUCCGAGUCGCUUCUCGCUGCGUGCGAAUGUUGCGGCGUACUGUUCGACUGAGUUCUGUCGUACCAUGCGGCUGUGGCAACAGGGAUUCGGGUUCCAGCUCUGGUACACGAACGGGCGUCGGUGCUGGCAGUAAUUACAAGAUACCGCCUGGCUCCUCUAGAUGCUAUGUGCUGGCCGCUGGCACUCUUGGCCUGGCGCUGAUAGCAGCUGAUCAUGUUUACAAUGAAAAACGAUUUUUUAAAGCUGCACAACUCGGUAAUGUUCAGGAAUUGCGCAAACAGGUGGAGGCCAUGAUCGCGAGCGGAGAGAGCCCAGCGUCGGGCGACGGGGAGGACGGGGAGGAUGGGGAGCGCGGGGAGGGCGCGGCGGACCGGCGCCACGCGCUCGGCUGGACGGCGCUGAUGGUCGCCGCCGCCAACGACCGCGCCGCCGCCGUGCGCGAGCUGCUGCGGCUGGGGGCCGGCCCCGACCGCACCGAGCGGUACGCGGGCGCCGCCGCCGCCGCCGCCGCCGCCGGCCUGCACCCGCUCGAGGCGCUGCAGCGGCGCGAGGACGAGUUCUGCGCCUCCAUGAACGCGCGCGCCUCCUUCCUGGGCUGGACGGCGCUGCACUACGCCGCGCUGGCGGACUCCGCGGACGCGGCGCGCGCGCUGCUGGACGCCGGCGCCGACCCCACGCUGCGGGACCACGCCGGCCGCCGCGCGCUGCACUACGCCCGGGACCCCUCCCCCGCGCGGGACCUGCUGCGCGACGGCGGCCGCGCCUGGCAGCGCCGCGUGGAGGCCGCCGCCGCCGAGGAGCGCCGCCGCUUCCCGCUCGAGCAGCGCCUGCGGCGGUACAUCGUGGGGCAGCAGGCCGCCAUCGAGACCGUCGCCGCCGCCGUCCGCCGCAAGGAGAACGGCUGGGCCGACGAGGACCACCCGCUCGUCUUCCUCUUCCUCGGCAGCUCGGGCAUCGGCAAGACGGAGCUCGCGAAGCAGCUGGCGCGCUACAUGCACCGGGACGACCCGGCCGCGUUCAUCCGGCUCGACAUGUCCGAGUACCAGGAGAAGCACGAGGUGGCGAAGCUGAUCGGCGCGCCGCCCGGGUACGUGGGCCACGAGGAGGGCGGCCAGCUGACGAGGGCGCUGGCUCGCCGCGCGGACGCCGUCGUGCUCUUCGACGAGGUGGACAAGGCUCACCCGGACGUCCUCACCGUGCUGCUGCAGCUUUUCGAUGAGGGCAGAUUGACAGACGGGAAAGGAAAACUGAUAGAAUGUAAAAAUGCGAUUUUCGUCAUGACAUCCAACUUGGCGGCCGAUGAGAUAGCGCAGUACGGGCUCAAGUUACGGCGCGAGGCGGAGGCGCGGUCCGCGCAACGUGCUCGCAUACAGCCUCCGACCACAGCAGAUGUUCAGAAAACUGAACCAGUAACUGCAGGUGAACAACCUAUAAAAGACAAAGAUAUCACUGAGGAAUCUCUGGAAGUGUCCCGUAACUUCAAGGACAGCGUGGUUAGACCGAUACUGAAGCGACACUUCGGACGGGACGAGUUCCUCGGACGCAUUAACGAGAUCGUGUACUUCCUGCCGUUCUCGCGGCAGGAGCUGCUGACGCUGGUCAACCUGGAGCUGAAGCACUGGGCGGAGAAGGCGAAGACGAGACACGCGGUGGAGCUCCGCUGGGAGGGGGGUGUGCUGGGUGCACUCGCUGACGGGUACGAUGUGCACUACGGCGCACGGUCUAUCAAGCACGAGGUGGAGCGGCGCGUGGUCAACCAGAUCGCGCUGGCGGCCGAGCGCGGAGCCCUAGGGCGCGGCUGCAGCGUGCUGCUCACCGAGCGCGGCGGACGCGUCGCACUCGCCGUUAGGACUCCGCCCUCCGCCGACUACACGCCGCUCGACCUCGCUCUGUGACCUCACCACAGUUCACUACCAGUGAUACUUGUUACCAAUGACUUUAUAUGUUACCGUUAAUUUAUUAA